UGCUUCCAUAGUUGCAUUCAAGGAACUAGAGCUAGCUAGUUAUAAGCACUAAAUUCUAUAUCAUCUUUUGCCACCACUAAAGAAAUUAAAGCAGCCAUGGGUAAUUGCUUGGUGCUGCUGCAAGAAAAUGUGGUGAGAGUCAUGAAAACAGAUGGGAAAAUCCUUGAAUACAAAGCACUUAUCAAAGUGGAACAGGUUUUGGCAGAUUUUUCUGGCCAUGCAGUGUCUGACUCCCAAACAGGCCUCCGGCAUCUCCAGCCAAACACCAAGCUGCUAGGUGGCCAGUUAUACUACCUGGUGACUCUUCCAUCACCACCGCCGUCACCGUCGAAAGCGCGCAAGAAGGUGAGGUUCGCGGAGCCAGAAGUCCAAGAUGUUCAGAAAAGCAGCGUGGUUAGGAUUAAGCUGGUUCUUAGCAAACAACAACUGCAUGAUAUGCUGCAGGAUGGAGGGUUUUCAGUGAACAAGAUGUUAUCACUUGCGCAAGGUGAAAAGGGAGAAGAUGGCGGUGAAGAUUUGUUGAAAAGACGUGAAGAUGAUGUCUCUCAAGGGUGGAAACCAGUAUUAGAAAGCAUAGCUGAAGUAAACUAGCAAGAUAUUCCAAUACUGUGUUUCUUUCUCACUAAUAGACUUGUAUUUAUGAAAACAGAAUAUUGUUAGUUAAUUAGUUAGACCUCUAACUAAUUCUGUUAGUUCAGCUAGUUAGUGCCUAGAACAGUAUUCUGUUUUCAAUCUUCAAAGAGACAAGUCUAAUACUCACUGCUUGCAGUUUUCCUUUUCUAACAAGUGAUAUAUACAGUAGGAUAAAAAUAUAAGAUCCACUUCACUCUUCUUCA